AUGAGAGCGUUUUUGUAUAUUUUUGUGUUUAUUAUUACCAACGUUAAUAGUAACCAAAAUAAUGACAGAAAGACGAAGAUAAUCAUAGAUAACGAUGCUGGUGGAGAUGAUGCCAUGGCUAUAUUUCUUGCUUUAUUAUACGAAAAACACUUUGAUGGGCCUACAUUGGUUGGACUCACAACUGUAAAUGGUAAUACCAUUGAAGACAACGUAUGCAUAAAUAAUCAAAAGAUACUUAAAAUUGCCAACAGACAAGACGUGCCUUUGUAUAGAGGAUCUAAUUCUUCACUGGUUAUAACUCCAGUGUCUGUAUACUUUUAUGGCAAAGAUGGGUUAGGAGAUUGUGACUUAUACUAUGACGAUUUGGAGCCAGCCAAAGAACAAAGUGCAGUUUCAGCUUUAAUUGAACUUUCAAAAAAAUAUGAAGGAAGUUUGACUGUUAUAACAUUAGGAUCUUUAACAAACGUAGCCUUGGCGAUUAAAUUAGAUCCUGGGUUUCUAAACAGACUUCAACAGCUAUACGUGGCAGCUGGACAUAUAUAUAGUGAUGAAAACUCAAUGCCCGAAUUUAAUGCGUUCACGGACGUUGAGGCAUAUCAAGUUGUAACUCAAAACGCAACUCCAGAUAAAUUGACCAUCAUUCCGUACUCCCAAGUAAUGAGUUCUUUGAAUUUCUCUCGGGUUUGGAGACAAGAAGUAUUGGGAGCUAUAGAAACAGAAGUAAUGAGAGCACAAAAUUUGUUUGAAACAAUAUCUCUGCAGGAGAGUGACCGUUGGCAAUCCCUCGACCCGGCAGCUGUUGCCGUUGCAUUAAAACCAGACUUAGUUAAAGAAUAUAAGUAUUCGAAGAAUAGUAUUAAGACUUGCGGUGACCAACGAGGCAUCAAUACAAAUGACUUCGUUCCUAUGCAAGACGCAAAUGUUAGGCUAAUUUACUCCAUCAAUGAAGAAGAAUAUAAAAAACUUUUGUUAAAUGUACUUUCAAAGCAUCCAUGA